UCAUGUAAUUUUUGUUCAUUUUCAUUAAGAGACUAUAAAUAGUGUUCUUGUUAGAGUGUUGAUGAUAGUCUUGAUUCUGCUUGAUCAUCGGUCGGAGACUGUGAAGUAGAAAGCAGAAUCUCACUGCAUACCAACCGAAAUCUAUGGGCGACGAUUAUAAACCAUUGUCUGAGGAAUACAUCAAUAUUGGUGAGCCAGAGACUCAUAACUGUGUGAUCAAGCUGAGAGUAAGCCCUAAGAAGCAUAGGGACAAAGUUUUUGUUGGGUGUGGUGCUGGUUUUGGUGGUGAUAGACCAUUGGCAGCUCUUAAAUUACUUCAAAAAGUUAAACAUCUCAACUAUCUUGUCCUUGAAUGUUUAGCAGAACGGACCCUCGCUGACCGCUACCAAGCGGUGAAGUCAGGCGGUGAUGGUUAUGACCCUCACAUUUCAGAGUGGAUGGAGUUGCUUCUUCCAUUGGCUGUUGAGAGAGGAGUCUGCAUUAUUACCAACAUGGGUGCAACAAAUGCAUUGGGUGCUCAGGAAAAGGUUUUGGAAAUUGCAAGCAGAAUGGGAAUCAGGGUUACUGUGGGUGUAGCUCACCAAUUUGAUGUUGCCAAAGCAGGUCUUGGUGCUAAUCUGAGAAAUUUGAAUGAUGGUGUAAGCAUAUAUCUAGGAGCAGCUCCAAUUGUGGAGUGUCUUGAGAAGUACAAUCCCAAUGUUGUCAUCACUUCCCGUGUUGCUGAUGCUGCCUUAUUUCUAGCUCCAAUGGUUUAUGAACUAGGUUGGAACUGGGAUGAAUACAUGUUAUUAGCCCAGGGCUCUUUAGCUGGACACCUUCUAGAAUGUGGGUGUCAACUCACUGGAGGAUACUUUAUGCACCCAGGAGACAAAUAUAGAGACAUGCCUCUUGAGAAGCUUCUAGAUUUGUCCCUUCCUUUUGCUGAAAUUAGUUAUGAAGGUAAAGUGUGUGUAGCAAAGGCAGAAGGGAGUGGUGGGGUGUUAAAUUUCAGUACUUGUGCUCAACAGCUUCUUUAUGAGAUUGGGGAUCCAAGUGCUUAUAUUACCCCGGAUGUGGUGAUAGAUUUUCGAGACGUUUCAUUCCAGCCAUUGUCAACCAAUACAAUUGGUUGUGAUGGAGCAAAACCUGGUGCAAUAUCUGCACCUGAUAAUCUUUUAGCAUUAGGUUCAAAGGACUGUGGAUGGAAAGGAUGGGGAGAGAUAUCGUAUGGUGGAUAUAAAUGUAUUGAACGAGCUAAGGCUGCUGAAUUUUUGGUAAGAUCAUGGAUGGAAGAAGUACAUCCUGGUAGUAGUAAGUGUAUAAUGUCUUAUAUAAUCGGAGUUGACAGCCUAAAGGCAAAGGCAAUUAGGCUUGAAAAUAUUCCAAGGGCUCUUGAUUGUGAAGACAUACGAUUGAGAAUGGAUGGGUUAUUUGAUGAAGAGAAACAUGCCAUUCAAUUCACCAAAGACUUCAUAGCUUUGUACACAAAUGGGCCCGCAGGUGGCGGUGGAAUUAGCACCGGACACAAGAAAGAGAUCAUUCUUGAGAAAGGAUUGGUUGGGCGAGAACAUAUCUAUUGGAAAAUCUCCGCAAAGCAAAACCAACCCACAAACUCAAAGAAACGAAUCGCCAUAAUCUCUGAAGAAACGCCUUCGAAUAAUCUAAACAAGUUGGUAUCAAUAUCAUCUCCUUGGACCGGGACCCACCUCUCCCCGGCCCCGUCAAACCAAAAGGUCCGUUUGUAUGACGUGGCACAUAGUAGAGCCGGAGACAAAGGUAACGAUAUAAACUUUUCCAUCAUCCCACAUUUCGCAGCGGAUAUUGAGCGUCUGAAAAACAUCAUAACGCCAGACUGGGUCAAAACAGUCAUCUCACCUCUUACAAAGCAGACCACUGAUUUGACCCGGUCAGAUGAUGACAUGGAACUGAGAGACAAAUGGGUGGAUGAAAAUGUUAAGGUGGAGGUCUAUGAAGUACGAGGUGUGCAUUCGUUGAAUGUUGUUGUGAGGAAUAUUCUAGAUGGUGGUGUUAAUUGUUCAAGGAGAAUUGAUAGGCAUGGUAAAACUAUAUCGGAUCUUAUAUUGUGUCAAGAAGUUGUUGUGCCACCUUGAUUCGACAAUGAUGUAUGCAUGUAACUGUAAAAUUAUCAACAUUUAUUUUUCAUGAGUUUGAGAAUAUGUAUGGAAGUACAUUAUUUUAUAUA